CGUUUUAUUAUUAUACUUAUAAUUUAUCGUUUUAUAAUGUCAUUGCAAAAAAAUAGAUUCAAUGAGGAGGAGCCGUCAACUGAUGGUAUUGUUACCACGACUGUCUUUCAAACUGUUGGUGAGGAUUACAGUAAAUGGAAGGAGCAGGAUAAUGUAAACGAGAUUGAACGAACUAAACAGGUACGCGAACACGCUAUCGCUACAAAUGUGGCAACGGCGUUUACAGAAAGUCCGCAAGACCAACCAUCUGCAUCAGAAUCUGGUCCUACUGCUUCUACAUCCUCAUCUGAUCGUGGAGGAAAAGCAUCGGCAUCUACGUCAAGAAUUGAUGUUGGAAGAACAUCAGCUGCAUCUAUAUCAGCAAUUGAUCCCAGAAAAAAGCCUUCUUUAUUUCAUAGGUUUAUUCAACUAUUUAAAGGAAAACCUUUAUCUCAUGGCACUGGAGUAUCGAAUCAAUAUCAGCUAAAUGAAAUACGCAAGAAAGUCAUUGAGAGUAUUGCUAUCAAGAGUUCUGGUGGGCCGAGUGAUGUAACUUGCAUAUGGGACUAUGCAGGCCAACUUGAUUAUUACAUUACUCACCGGUUUUUCAUUACAGAUGGAUCGUCUUACGGAGUCGUUUUCAGUUUGUUAGAUGCCUUGGAUGAAUUUGCUAAGCCAAGGGAUCACAAAAAAGGAAAGUAUGAGAUGACUAAUCUCCAGACGAUCAUAUUUUGGAUAAGGUCGAUAUAUGAAUAUGCUAUACUGCUACAUGGCUUAAAGGAGAAACCUUUGAUCAAUGGAAUGAUAGCAUCUCCGACGAUUAGUCUGAUUGGGACGCACAAGGACCUACUCACGGGGAGUGAUGCUGAGAAGCAGGCAAAGAUUGAUAACAUGUUCGACAGAAUAUUUAAGGAACUCGAAGGAACCCCAUACGAACGUCACGUAGAUCGUGAGAGGUAUGCCGUAGACAACACCACAGCACUGGAUGAAGGGAUUCAAAGACUGAAAAGAAACGUAGGCGGUUUCAUGAAAGCAAUGGCAAGAACUGUUCCAAUAAAUUGGAUGGACUUCCAAAUUGAGGUACAAGAAGCCGGGAAAACAACUCUGCGCAUGUCCUUAGAUAAGAUCACUAAGAUCGCUGUGAAAUGCGGUAUUAAUAAAGAAAACGUCAUCCACGUCCUCAAUUACCUUAAUGAUGUUGGAAUUAUUCUGUAUUCGCCCACUAACAAGAAGUUGGAGAACACAGUGAUUACUAACAUCCAUAUGCUGAUUGGUAUCUUCAUGAAAAUCAUCACAGUUGUGAAACCUGAUGAUGUUGACAAGGGAAUCAAGAAAGCAGCAUCAGAAGAUGGCCCUCGAGUAUUUGUCGUUCCAUCUCGAAUGAAGACCAAAGAUGAUGAUAGAUUGGAAGUUAAGGAAGAUGAGAAGCAGACAGUAUCCAUCUAUGUGACGCCUAAAGACUUUCUUCCCGACGCCGUCUACGAUAUCUUGGUUGUCAGAUUUGUGAGUUUGAGUCAAGAGAAUGGUUAUUGUGAUGACCCAAAGUUGUUUCAGAAUCAGGCUAAAAUUCUAUUCGAUGAUAAACAUUACCUAAGACUAGGUCGAAUAUCAAUUGAUAAUAAACGUUCUUUGAAGCUUGAAAUAUUACGGAUGAAAGAGAGAGGCGCAGACGGCACAAACAUGUCAGCUUGCAAGCCGCAUCCUGAUGUCUGUAAAGAGGUUUUGCAGGUUUUAAAGCAACACCUAGGUGAAGUAUAUCCGUCUAAGAGAGUUGUCGGCUAUGCUCUGAAAAUCCUUUGCUUAGUCUGUUCAAACACUGAGGAACCACACUUUCAAGAACUUGAGUACUGCUUAAAGAACAAGAAUAUGACUUGUGACAAAACAGGUGAACUUAUAACGAUGCCAGCAUCUAAUGUACAGAAGCUAUUUGCAGCUGGUAUUCUACAUCAAUCCUCGGUUAUGGACACGGUUCAUCAAUCCUCGGCUACUGCUACGCCUCAUCAAUCCUCGGCUACGCAUACGUCUCAUAGGCCUGCAUGCUCAGAUAAGGAGUUCCAAGAGCUAAAAGCUGUUGUCUCACAGUGGUAUGACAGCAACAAAAGUGUUCCUUUGCUGAAAGUGUUGUUCAGAGACAAGAUAGACAAUUACGAGCUAUCACCAGAAACUCACACGAUGGACCUGCUGAAUAUAUUAUUUGCACGUGGUCAUCUGAGUUCACAGAAUCUUGGACUCCUUUGUGAUACUAUUAGCAUAACCAAACAGUUGGGUCUUUUAACGAAGAUUAAAGAAAAGCUGCCAUCAUUUCCAGAUGUUGAGGAAGGAACCAUUUCAAAAACAUUCACAUCUCAUAGACAAAGGCUAAUGAAAUUUGGAAUGGUACUGACCCCAGAUAAUGUGACGCAGAUCGAUGAAUUGUAUAAUACGCCUUCUAAGAAGUACAAAGACGGCUGGAGUAUGAUCAACGAUCUAGAAGACCAACAGAAAGUCAGCGAAGAAAAUAUGAAGGAAUUCACUGAUUCGCUGAAAACCCUUAAGCUCAGUUUGGCAUUAAACGAAUUAACAUAAGUGUAAUUAACUCACUAGUGAUGUCGGAACGCAGCUGAUAAUGUUUCUCGUUAAGUCAAGCCAAAUUAAAGAUUCAGAUGUUGGUACAUUCUUGAUUGAUAAAGGAACGAAGGACGUCUAAAAUCAGUAAAUUUUUUG